GCACAUGAUAUCAGAGACAGAGACACACAGAACAGAACCUUAGAAUCUGCCACAUGUCCAAAUUUUGUUCUACUUUUUUUCUUUUUUGUAUCAUACUUAACUUGCAUAUGCUUCAUCAUGCAUAUGCGUAGAUGUAGACAUGUGUGUGCGAAAUCUAUGGUGGGUUUAUUUUUUUUACCACGACUGCGUCACCAACUGACACGUGCCAUUGCCCUCAACUGCGAUGAUCAUCACACUUCACUCUUUUUUUCUUGUUCAUUUGCAUCGAUCUCUCUGCAUUUCUAACGCCAUUCCAAAUUCUUCAUCUCGCACCAACGAGUGUAUAUCAGAAGGUGAUCUCUGGCGAAUUUUGGAGAAGUUAUCUAUCGUUUUGCCAUGCGGGGAAGGCAACGGGUAGCAUCCAAGGAUCACAUACUUGGACAGGAUAAGGAUGAAAAUUUGGAUGAGAAUUUAGCUUCAGUGCGUAUACAGAAUGCCAAACCAUGUUGGUUGCACUCUUUUCGGCAUGUACUAGUGGCUUCUCUUUCUGCCUUCUUGUAUGGAUACCAUAUUGGAGUAGUGAAUGAAACAUUAGAGAGCAUUUCUAUAGAUCUUGGAUUUAGUGGGAAUACAAUAGCAGAAGGUCUUGUAGUAAGUGUAUGUUUAGGAGGUGCUUUUGUUGGAUCUCUGUUCAGUGGAUGGAUGGCAGAUGGUAUUGGGCGUAAAAGAAGUUUCCAGUUGUGUGCUUUACCUAUGAUAAUUGGGGCUGGGAUGAGUGCAACAGCAAAAACUCUGUGGGGCAUGCUUCUGGGAAGGUUAUUUGUUGGUACUGGAAUGGGACUUGGCCCACCUGUUGUAGCUCUUUAUGUGGCUGAGGUCUCACCUCCAGCUGUCCGAGGUGCUUAUGGAGCCUUAACCCAAAUUGCAACAUGUCUUGGACUCAUGGGCUCUUUCUUUAUUGGAAUUCCAUCAAAGGAUAUAGUUGGUUGGUGGCGAAUUUGUUUCUGGGUAUCUGUCAUCCCUGCUGCAAUGCUUGCCAUUUUUAUGGAGAUCAGUGCAGAGAGUCCUCAUUGGCUUUUCAAGAUAGGAAGAACCACUGAAGCUGAAGCUGAGUUUGAGAAGCUGUUGGGAGGAGUACAUGUGAAACCUGCAAUGGUUGAACUGUCAAAGGCUGACAGAGGUGAUGCAUCUGAUACAGUCACAGUUUCAGAUUUAAUCUGUGGCCGCUAUUUCAGAGUGAUGUUCAUUGGCUGUUCGCUUUUUGCGUUGCAGCAGCUAUCCGGCAUAAAUGCUGUUUUUUAUUUCUCUUCAACUGUCUUUGAAAGUUUUGGUGUACCAUCUGAUAUUGCAAACACAUGCGUAGGAGUCUGCAAUUUAGUGGGGUCUGUUAUUGCAAUGAUUCUGAUGGAUAAACUUGGAAGGAAAUUGCUUCUCCUGGGUAGCUUUCUGGGCAUGGCGUUAACAAUGGGUUUACAAGCCAUUGCUGCAAGUCCUUUUGCAUCAGGAUUUGGAGCAAUGUAUCUGUCUGUCGGUGGCAUGUUACUGUUUGUGAUGUCAUUUGCUCUAGGCGCUGGUCCAGUUCCUUGUCUUGUCAUGUCUGAAAUGCUACCCGGCAAUAUUAGAGCAAAGGCAAUGGCCAUUUGCCUGGCUAUGCAUUGGGCGAUAAACUUUUUUGUGGGUCUAUUUUUCUUGCGCUUGCUGGAGCUAAUUGGGGCUCAACUCCUGUAUACUAUUUUUGGUUCAUGUUGUUUGGUAGCGGUGGUUUUUGUGAAGAAAUAUAUUCUGGAAACAAAAGGGAAGUCACUUCAGGAAAUUGAAAUUGCACUUCUUGCACAAGAGGCAGACUCAACAUACUAAAGUGGUCUCAUGACAAGGAAAAUCUGUGGUUUUGUUGCAUGGGGUCAAGUUUUUAGAGCCUUUGAUCAUCUCAUGCUACAUUUGAUUCUUUGUUCGGGUGCUCGCUGAAAGGCAUAUGUAAAUUUUAGAGUUAUUUUUUUGUCAGUCAAAUGGUGAACACAUUACAGUUGAUACUUUGGGACAAUGUAAUUUCUAAUUACAUAAUUGAUAUCACAGUUUUUCUUUCAUAUGAACAUGAUAAGUAAAUCAAACUGAUGGAUUUUAUUAGAGUAA